AAGCUCUGCUGAGGUAGCCAUGAGUAACUGCUUUUUUUUCGGAUAAGGAGCAGUGGAGCAGUACCAGUCAGCGUAGGUUUCUUGUGCACGAGAUUGUCUUGACACGUCUCUUCCUCUCGGUGUACCUGUCGGUGGACUUCUUAGCGCAUAUCUCCCUCGUGGUGCAACUCUGUGGACGUGCCUGAAGACAGUGUUUUAGCUGCUUACUCUUAAAAAAGAUGAGAGCAUGGAGACUGCUAGCGAGGUCCUCAACUUGGCUGGUGACCUCUAGGACUGGAGGAACAUCUCCAGGGUUAAGGCCGACAUGUCACAUGACCCGAGGUGUGUCACAGUGUCAGACUGCUCAGAACGACCCACCUAGCAGCAGUAAUGACAACAGAGACCCCAACCCAUCACCAUAUCAUGAAGAUUCAAGCAUUAAUACCCACUCUCCGUAUGCCACGCCAUACCUGGAGGCUUACAACCUGAUGGAGGAGAACGCGGAUAUGAUCUUCGAGCCGGAGACGAUGUUAAGUGAGAGGAACUACAUAGCGGAGGCCGAGGACAGAAGCCAUCCGCGUCCUGCCUCCCAGCUGCCCGGCCCCCGCUCCUGGCCUAUUGUGGGCUGUCUUCCAUACAUGCUCACACACAAGGACUUCGAUCCCCAGCGCGUGUACCUGUUCUGGGAGGCUGUACGGCAAGAGUUUGGUCCGAUCUUCAGGAAGGACAUGCCAGGUCACCCCUGUCUGGUGUUCAUCACCCGGCCCGAGGACCUGGAGACCCUGUUGCGCUCCACCAUGUAUAACCCCGUCAGGCCAGGGAUGGCUUCCCUCAAAAGGAUCCGAAGUGAAGGAGGAGCAGACGGCCACAGUCGACUCCACGACCACAUCUUCAGGGGCAAGGCGGGCAUCCUGGCAGAACAGGGUCAGGAGUGGUGGAGGGUGAGGCGCCGUGUUCAACGUCCCCUCACUAACCCCGACAUCGUCCACCGGUACCUGCCUCAAAUGGACCAAGUAGCCAAGGAGUUCGUCCACAGAAUUCGAACAAUGAGAGACGACAGAAACGAGGUACCAGAGAGCUUCAACAGUGAGCUAUACAAGUGGGCUUUAGAGUCACUGGGCACCAUCGCGCUGGAGCGUCGUCUUGGAUGUUUCGAGGACACGACGUCGUCUCCUUCGUCUACUCGUCCGCUGCGCCUCAUUGAGUUGGCCCAGCAGCUGCUUGGGGCGCUGCACGAGACCGAGAACGUGAAGCUGUGGCAGUACUUCCCUACCGCCUCCAUCAGGAGACUUCAGGAGGCACACCAGGUCUUCACAGACGUAGCUCUUGAGGCCAUACGAGAUACCGAGCGGCUCCUGGGCGCUCGUCCAGGUCACCGCACCAUGAACACCUCCUGCCCGCUCCAACACCACCAACAGGAAGAUGGGAAGACAGCCAGCUUGUUGGAGACCCUGCUGGGGACCCCAGGACUCUCCAGGGAGGACGUCCUCACUUUCCUGCUGGAUAUGAUAUCAACUGGCAUUGACACGACGAGCCACGCCGUGGGCAACCUCCUGUACCUGUUGGCGAAGCACCCGAAGGAGAGGCAGAAGGUGCAACAAGAGAUCGACAAAGUGGUGGGCCGGCCUGACCACCUGACACCCGCCCACCUGGCUAACCUCACCUACACCAAGGCUGUCUUCAGGGAGACGCUCAGAGUGAUGCCUGUGAAUGUUGGCAUCGUCAGACGCCUCAACCGUGAUGCUGUGCUGGGCGGAUACCUGGUGCCUCAAGGGUGGGAGGUGGUGGCACCGACGCUGCUCCUGAACCAUCAGGAAGAUGUUUUCCCACGCGCGCACGAGUUCCUGCCAGAGAGGUUCCUGAGGGGGUCGAGCCUCGCUCCGCGCCACAACUUCUCCUUCCUGCCUUUCUCCUACGGCCCCAGGAUGUGCCUUGGCAGGAGGAUCGCCUACCAGGAAGUAUUCUGCCUCGUUGUCAGGGUGCUGAGUGAGCUUGACGUGGACUACAAGUACGGGGACGUCCACCUGGUCAACAAGCUCAGCUACGGACCGUCUCGCCCGCUACAGUUCACCUUCACAGACCGUAGAUGAGACCUUGGCUGACCAUUUUUUGCCUAUUGUACCUCCUUUUUCUAUUUAGAUUUUGAAACUGGUGUGUAUAAUGUGACCCCUACAACAGCUUGGACCAGCAUAGUCUGAGGAUGAACUGGUGGGGGGUCGGCCGCAGCUUGGACUAGCUUAGCUUAGACUUAGGCUUAUAUAUAUAGUAUAUAUUCCCCAAUGGGUAGGCGGGGGAAAGAGGGGAAUAGGUGGAGGAGAGUUGACUUAAGUGGGAAAGUGACGGGGCUUAAGCAAGCUGCUUGUCACCUGGUUUGAGAGACAAGUGCUCACGAAGGAUGUUUCAAGGUGCACAUCAUUAUUAUUAAUAUCAACAAGGCUGUUGUUACAGAGACUGGUGGCCUGGUGGAGACUGGUGGUUAAUAGCAUCAGAGCUGUUAACCUGUGCACUGACAAGUAAAGUCUCCUACGCCAGGGCGGAGUGUGCUGGUUUGGGAGGGUCGGCCGCAGCUUGGUAAAGCUUAGCCUGAGAACGGGUUUAAAUAUUAGUAAUAAACUGUUUUCAUAAAUUCGAUGCGAAUAUAGUUUAUGGUAUUUAAUCUUAUGGUCAUGAUAAAUAUUGUUGUGUUACUUGUAUUUUCAUAGCUUUUUUUCCUGAGAGAUAUAUUGAUCCUUUUUAAAGGACAUGCGUGAAGCAGCGAUGACCUUUGGUGUUCAAGACCACUACGAGGUCAUCAGUUCACUCAAUGUAUUUCGUAAAUAGAUAUUUCUAUUACAAACAACAAAAUAUUUUCGUAAACUAAAUAUUUCGUCUUGCGUACAGCUCCUUGAUUUGUUUAAUAUUACUUAAUUUACUGUGUUGUUAUGACGUUUAUACAAGUUGCAAGAUAUUUAUAUGUUACAUAUAUAUCAGAGAUUACAGGACCAUCAGAUAUAAGUCAGUUUUACACAGGACCAAAGGCUGUGUAAUGGAUUCUACUCUUUUAUUUAAAAUAAGGAGAAUAAAAAUCAUUCUUCCUUAGGAACAAACUUUAAUAUAUAAUAAUAACAAACUGCACUCUUUAUAUUGCAAAUGAAUUAAAAAUAUAUUAUUUUAGACAGUC